CCAAGCUGGGACGCUUCCUUCCUCGCGAUCGUCCACCCGUGUGUGUGUGUGUGUGCGUCCUUUUGCCCACGCUCAACUCCCAAACCGGACCACUCCAGACCGCGGCUGCGCGCGCACAGGGGACGCUCGUCUCGACCAUGCACGCUGACAACUACCAGAGGACACUAAACACGCCGUGCAGACACUGCGACUGAGAAAAAAGACAACAACAAACUAUAUUCAUCAACUGGUGAGUCAUUGCAGCGAGUGCGUAAACAAUCCCGAGUGGGGGGGUCCCACGCAGCUGCACCAUGAGGCUGGGAAGCAUCAUUCUCUUCGCGGCUCUCUGCGCCUUCACCGCCUAUUAUGUUUAUGAGCCCAUUCCUGAGGACAUCGAGGAGAGAUGGAAACUCAUGUUGACCGACGCUUUCUUCAGAAGUCUCAGCCACUUGGCGGACUUCAGCGAGUUAGUAGGACUGAAGGACUACAUGGGCGUAAUGUACGUCAUCACUCUGAUCGAAAACGUCGUGCCUGUUUCCGAUGAACAUGUCAUGGUGACCAUGGAGAAUUUUGACGGUGUGGAGGUGGUGCUGUACCAGCCCAAGCAGCAAAGUGGCGACGAUACAGAACCCAGGAGAGCAGUCAUAUACCUGCACGGUGGAGGAUGGUGUUUGGGGAGCUCGCGCAUGGGUCCAUAUGACAUGCUCGCCAGAAAAAUGACAAUUGAGCUGAAUGCAGUGAUAGUCUCUGUAGAGUACCGCCUUGCUCCUGCUCACCACUUCCCUGUCCCAUAUGAGGAUGUUUACCGUGUUGUGAAACACUUUCUCCAGAUGGGGGUGCUUGCCCAGUUUUCUGUGGACCCAGGACGUAUUGCAAUAUCUGGAGACAGUGCUGGGGGAAACCUGGCAGCUGCUGUCUCCCAGCAAUUGCUGAAGGACCCCACACAACAGAUUCAUUUGAAAGCCCAAGCACUCAUCUACCCUGUGCUCCAGGCUCUGGACCUCAACACACCUUCUUACCAACAAAACCAAGACAUGCCCAUAUUACCGCGCACCCUCAUGGUACGAUUCUGGAGCGAGUACUUCACCAGCGACAAAGCCUUUUUCAGAGCCAUGAUGGCCAACACGCACAACAAUCCAGAGUCUUCCAGCCUGCUGAAGUUUGUCAAUUGGAGCGCCUUCCUGCCUGAGGCUUAUCGCAGAAAAUAUAACUACAGCGCCCCCACUGUGGUGCAUGGAGAGGCAGAGCAGGAGUUUGGAACAAGCGAACCAUCUCGUUCUUUAGCUGACCCCAGGGCGUCCCCACUGCUGGUUCCAGACACAGCCUUGCACUCUCUGCCUAAAGCCUACAUUCUCACAUGUGAGUACGACGUUCUCCGAGAUGACGGGAUCAUGUAUGUCACGCGUCUUCGCACGGCGGGAGUCGCAGUGACUCAUGAACAUUACGACACGGGAUUUCACGGUGCGUUGAUGUUCACCGUGUGGCCCACCGACUUUCUCCUUGCUCGCCGCAUGACGGACAACUACGUGAAAUGGCUAAAGGAAAACUUGUGAAAUAACUUGAAUUAACCCAGUUGCUCCAUUGUUUUAUUGGGUGCAAAAUGCUACCAAUUUGGCAGUCAUAUUUUAUUUUUAUUUUUACUAAUGCUUAUUUUAUCUGUAAAUACAGUAGUAUAUCAUGAAAUCUGUUAUAUUUGUCACACAUUUUUAUGACACUGUAAAAUGUUAACAGUAUGACAAGUAGUUAGUUUUUCCAGAAAGUAUGAACAAAAUGUAAACAAACCCCCUUGCAAAAGUAAUCUUUAGUCUCAAUGGAACAAAACCUAGAUAAACAACAGAUAAAUAAUAAUGAAAAUAUAUAUACAAAGAUAUAAUGUGUAAAUGUAAUUUUUUGGGGUGAAACUAAGGCAACCAAGGGCAAAACAUACAGUCGUGGUCAAAAGUUUACAUACACUUGUAAAGAACAUAAUGUCUAGGUAGGUCUUUAUUGUCAUUGCACAAGUACAACGAAACUUUGUUUUCAGCACAAACCCGUUCAAGAUGAGACAAACAAACACUGUACAGGGUUACAGAACAAGAACGCUGAUUGGUCGUCACAAGGCGCUCCAUAAUAUAUGGGAAAAAGGUAAACGCUGGGGGAGGAUGAGUAAAAAAAUACAAUCCAGACUGGGCUCCUAAGGGGGCCCAGACUGGAGUGGGAAAAAACCUCCAUAGCAAAGCACAUAUACAUAUUACAAGGGGAGGGAGUGGGGGCCACGGUGGCAGGCUGCAGCUCUUCAGGUGCUGCCCAUCCGUCCAUCACCCCUAAGAGAUUGGCGUCGAGGGCGUUGGAUGGGGGGUAGGGUAUGUGUGUGUGGCGUAUUUUUUGUGGAUGCAUGUGUGUGUGUGUAAGCCUGCCGCGUAUCUCUGUUCCACGGCCUUGAGGUCGUGCAGCCGAUAGUCAGUCCAAAGUCAACAACAACAGGUGUGUGUCCGUGAGAGACAAGAAGGGAGUUUGUUGUGUCUUUGUCUCCAAGCCAGGGAGACAAUCCAAGUUAGAAUGUUUUGUAUGCGAGUGAAAAUAAAAUUUGCUUUUCACUCUAAAUUGGGGCAGACAGUCCGAUGUUAUCCAAAUCUCAAGAGUGUCCACAGUUCUUCCCGCAUCCUCCAAUCAUAAUGUCAUCGCUGUCUUGAUUUUCCAAUAAUUUCUACAACUCUUAUUUCUUUGUGAUAGAGUGAUUGGAGCACAUACUUGUUGGUCACAAAAAACAUUCAUGAAGUUUGCUUCUUUUAUGAAUUUAUUAUAGGUCUACUGAAAAUGUGAGCAAAUCUUCUGGGUUAAAAGUAUACAUACAGCAACAUACAUGAUCAAUUUGGUUGAUGUAGAAAAGUUACAAUCAAAUCAAAUGAGCUUCAUGGCCUCUUAACUUCAUGUGAGUGAUUAUGAUUGUUGACUUCUCUGAGCCCAUUUAAAUAGGGCUCAUGUGAUGCAGUCAUUAGACUCGCUUACAAACGCCACAAUGGGAAAGUCAAACUUUUGACCACGACUGUACAUACAUUUUGAAAAACACAAUCACAGUAGUACCUCAAUUUAGGAGUGUAAUUGGCACUGUGACAGAGUUCUUAACUAAAAACCCAAAACACUUGCCCCCUCAAAACAGCAUAAUUUUAACAUGCUUUUUAAAUGCCGAAUACACAAAUAUUUUAUAAAACAAUGCGAUAGAUUGUACUACUAACUACAGUAUUCAACCUGAUCCAAGUACAAAACGUUGUUGUUUGUUUUGCCUUUGGUAAAAGUGUAACUUUGUUUAUACUUCCCGGCUAAUGUAAAAAAAAUGGUACUAAUUCCUUGUUUUGAGCUUUCUUAUGUAGUAUGUAAUAUAUGUAUGUAUGUGUAUAUAUAUACACUACCGUUCAAAAGUUUGGGAAAAGCACUGUACUUUUCAAUGAAGAUAACUUUAAACUAGUCUUAACUUUAAAGAAAUACACUCUAUACAUUGCUAAUGUGGUAAAUGAUUAUUUUAGCUGCAAAUGUCUGGUUUUUGGUGCAAUAUCUACAU